GAAGAAAAGGGAAAGAAAAAGGAGACAGGAAAGCCUAAUUUUGUAUUCCUUUCAUAUUCCUUCUCCAAUCGUCAGAGACUUCUUUCUGUCAAAGUGAGAGGUAAAAAAAGCAGUACAAGGGGCUAAAGCUUUAAGGGUUGCUCCCGAAAUCAUCAGACAAUGUAAGGCGAAGAGGAAAGGAACAAGUUGUUGCUUCUUGUUAACCAAACUUGUUUCUCAUCGUUAUUAUCAUUUAUGUGUCCCUCUCAUUCUCUGCUUCUUGUGUCUUUCUUAUUGUUUAACGUUAUUCCUCCUUCCACUUUCCACUUUCCUCUUUCAUUUUUUGUUAGUUGAAAGUUCUUAUCAAUAAUUCAGGUGAAUUCAGCAAAAUAUUUGAUUGACCAGAAGAUUUCUAUUGAUUUUUAGUGUUUACAAAAAGUUGGAAAAGUGUUUGCAAGCAAAGAAAGUGAAGUGACUCAUAGGAAACUUUGCUUGUGCUUUCAACCUAUUUAUUUUUUCUUUGCAAGUUAUUCAUAAUCUUUAUUUUUGUAUACUGUGGGUUAUAUUUUUUUUGGUAACCCAAGCGAUCUGUUUUAUAAUUAGAUAAUAUUUUCAGUGAUUCAUGUUGAUAAAUCUUUGUUGUUUCUUUUUAUAUUGUUGUAUACAACCAUCUUUCAUUGGUAUCUAUGUGCCUUUGUGAUUCAUCUUUAAACUUGUUUUUUUGUGUGACAUCUUAGAGAAAAAUAACUCAAACCAAAAUGGCCUUUAUAAAUGUUGCUGAAUGGACUCCACAAAAUGUUGUCAGUUGGCUACAAGGUCUGGAAGACUCUAUAUUACCGUAUGUUGCCUUUUUCUUGAACAAUAAUAUAAAUGGUUGCCGGUUAUUACUUCUUUCAUGUGAUGAUUUGGAAAAUUUAAAUGUAACCAAAGUUGGCCAUCAAGAGAUUAUAUUAGAAGCAGUUGAACUAUUGAAACAUCUUCACUACAAUUUUUGCUCCGAAACACUGCAAAUGUUAUCACUUCGUUUAGGAUGUAAAGCUCGAAGUUUAUUUAAUAUAUUGAAACGUGAAACUGAUGAAGAAGAAAAAUAUCGUGAUCGUGUAACAACAAAAACAUUAUCUGGUGUUUGUGAUAUAUUAACAUCAGUUAAAUUGUUUGUAUCCUGGAUUGAUAGGUAUCCAUUUGGAGGUCAAGAAGAAUAUAUAUCAAUACGUAAAGAAAUAUUAAAACUAAGCAUUGAAUUAGCAUCAACAGCUCAGCGUGAUCAAUUUGUGGAAAAGCCAAAUGAGGUUAUAAAAGAAAACUGUGCCAUUUUCGCUGAAACAUGUGAUAAAAUUGUUCAAGAUCUCAAUGAUCCACUUGCUAUACAACCAGCAUACUUGGAAGUAAUCACUAUAAAAAAGAAAAAUGGUGAAGAUAUUUUUUCUGGUGUACAUUUUUCAUCCUCUUAUUCUGGUAUUCAUAUUGUUGAGAAAAUAGAGCGUUCAUCUAUUUUUUAUAGAGGUCGUAUUGAGGAAGGUGAUGAAAUUGUGCAAAUAAAUUAUCAAACAGUGGUUGGUUGGCAUUUAAAGAAGAUGUUGAAUAUUAUCAAAGAAUUUUCAACAGAAAUUGCUAUAACAUUAAAGAAAAGACCUCUUCACAGUAACCAGAUAACUGUUUUAAAACAAUUUAAAAUUGUUAAUCGUAAAUUAAAAUCUGGUAGUCGUUAUAGAAAUGCUUCAACAACAACUGGUCACUCUGAUAAUGAUAGUGAUAAUGGAAGUAUUAAUGGAGUUAAUAUAAAGGAAAGAUCAACUGUACCAGAGAAUCCAAUUAAUACAAUUAUACAACCAAGACGUCCUCGUAUUGUGAGAAGGCGAUCUAGUAUAAGUGGAUCGUCACCUACUGCUAAAAAUCCACCAACAAGAAUAGAAGAUGUUUAUAAUAGACGAGAUAUGAUUUUAUCAAGAACUGUUUCACAUGAUGAUGGUAAAAAUUCACUGAUUUCUGGUAAAUCUAAAAUUUCUCCUGGAACAUCAUGUGAAAGUUGCUGUUCAAAAAAUAGCGGGAAUUCAAUACCUCCACGUAAAUCAUUAUCGUCAUCGCAAGUUCCAUAUGCUAAAGUCCAUCCAUUAUUGAAUCGUGAAUCAAAUUUUUUUAUUCCUAAACCUCCAAGUCCACAUUAUGUUACACCGCCACCGCUUCCUCCACAACCUAAACAUCUAAUUCAACAGCAUCAACAAACACAACAACAAACGCAACAGCAACCAUCACAACAAAAAACGCAACAACAACAAUCUCAAAGUAGCCAAGUUAAUCAAAGCCAAAAUGUUCAACGGUCACAAAAUCAACCACCUAAAAUAAAGUCGACUAUAAAAUUAACAAGUUAUGAUAUGGAGAAUGAUCCAGAAUUUCAUGAAUAUCAACCACCUCCAUCUCCAAAAUUACCGCCAUCACCACCUAAAACUCCGACAUCAACUAAAUCAGUUCCACCACCAGCACCAGCACCUAGACAGAGAGUAAUCGAUGAUCUUCUUAGGAAUGUUACUCUACCCCGACGAAAAUCAGAUGAAGGAAGUAGUUUUGAUUUUGUUAAUAGAUUAACAACAAUGACUGGACCAAAGCCAUUUACAAAUAAAAAUAAUUCAUCGUCUAAUAUAACUAAUCGACCUCAACCACCACUUCCAAGAGUUAUUGGUGUUGCUCGAUCAACUCAACCUUUUAAUAGAGAUAACAAAUCUCAGCAAUUAUCUUCAUACAGUGAUUCUAGUGCCGAUUCUUUAAAAUCAAUUGAAAGUGAUUGUGGAGAUGCAUCAAACGAUAGACAAAAGACUAAACCAGCCAUACCUCCAAAAUCUCAUAGGAUCCAUUCACGAUUAAUUUUCUAAUGUAUUAAUUUGCUUUGUAAAGUUAAAAUUACCCUAUCUCAUUAGUAAUCUCAUAAAAUGUAUACCGUCUCCGUUUCUCGUAAUACGGUCUUGAUGUGAAUCUCUUCAAUAAUCUUUCGAUGUAAAUUUUGUUUCUAAAUUAUAAAUAAGACAAAUUGUGCGAAUCUGA